AUGAGCCUGCGGAAGAUAGAGAUCGCGCGGGCGGCUUUGGCGGUGGUUUUAGUGCAGGACGAAGGGUUUAGCGAAGACCAUGCGAAGGCUGUGGCGAGAAACGUAACGGGUUUCGCGCAGUUUGUGUUAGAGCGUGAUGCUGACGAACAGGGGGCGGCUGAGCUUGAGAGAAAGCUCAUACGCUCAGGGCUUGAACCAAGAACACCUGAAGGCACACCUGAAGGAUUGCAUGAAAUCACAUCUGAAGUCACACCUGGGGUUAAGACUGAGGGCAGAGCAGACCAUCCGUCAGUUGUGGAUCUCCCUUCACUAUUAGAACAACCAGCUGGCAGCCCCAAACCCUCGAGCAGGGUUGAGGGUUUAGGCGGGAAUAAAGGGGAGGCGCAGGGUGAGAGGGAGUGGCAGGGGGAGGAGGCGGGGGAAAAGGAGGGAGAGGGUGAGGGGGAGGAGGAGCUGUUCUUGCGGCUGGUGGAUAUGCUGAGGGGGAGUAGGCGGACGGAGGGGGGAGGGCAAGGCGACGAGGGCUAUAACGCGCAGCGGCAGCAGCAGCAAGGGGGAAAAAGUGCGCAGUGGCAGGCGGGGGAAGGGGGAGGGCGCGGGGAAGCAGCAGAGCGGGCGGUGGGAGGGGAAGGGGGAGUGAGUGGGGAGGCAGCGGAAUGGGUGGUGGCGGCAGUGGCGGAGAGUGUGGGGGUGGCGUGGGGGAGAGCGCGGCAGGUGGCGCGUGUGUGUGUGGGAGUGCGAGCGAGGAGAGUGUGGGAGAAGAUUGCUCUUCUCAGGAGCCUUCUCAACGCUGCCCCUGUAAAGACCACCCAAGCCAGCAGUCUUAGCGAAAGUUUCCCUUCCGACACCCACAGCAGUCCCACCAAUGGCAGUCUCACCAAUGGCACUCCCACCAGUGGCACUCCCACCAGCAACACUCCUACCAGCAACAGCAACCCUGUAAUUACCACCAGUAGCACCAACCCUGUAAUUAGCACCAGCAGCACCACCCCUGCCACUGCCAUGCCAGCCAGCAACGGCAGGAGUGGUAGGAGCGAGGGGCGAGGGGAUUCCUUGUGGGAAGCUGCUGGUGCUGGUAGUGCUGCUGUGGGCGAUGAAAGAAGGGAAGGGGAAAGAGGGGAGGAGGAGAGGGGUGAGAGGGGAGGGAGAGAAGAGGAGGAUAGAGGGCAUGAUAGUGGGGGAAAGGGGGAAGGGAGAGGGUUCGGAGUGGCUCCUGUUGGGCCGUUGAUUCAGCGUGCGAUCGGACGGCUGGCAGUGAUCGCGAGGGAUGAUGAUGUGCUGCUGCAGAAGUCUCUGGGCUUUUUCCAAAAGCUGGCAGCGCAGCGACGUGGAGUCGCGCUAUUGGACGACCCUUCCACUGCUCUGCCGGCGCUCGUUGCCGGUUUUCCGGAAUUUCUGGCGUGGGAGGAGGAAUCUUUUGAGUCGACUCAAAAGUCAACUCUGGCGUGGGAGGAGGAAUCUGAUGCGUCUGGCAAUGUGGAUGGGGAGGCUUUUGAGGCGCCUCAAAAGGAAUCUGAUGCGUCUGGCAAUGUGGAUGGGGAGGAUUGUCUAGAGGCAGAUGGAGAGAAGGUGGAGGAGGGAGAGGGGUUGCUGGUCAAGGGAAGGCAGGAACAAGUGAAGGGAGCGCUAGCAAGAGAGGGUAGUGUGGGGAAUGUUUGCCCUCUGUUUUGUCCCCUGUGCCGUUUCGGUAAAACCCCAUCCACCACCUCCCCAUCUGCUGUCUGCUUUCAAUCCCCCUCGCCGUCACAGCUGGGAGUGCGCCUGGGAGUGCGCGUGCGGGACCUGCCUCUAAUAAUCAACCGCUUCCCCCCAGUGCUCUCCCCGUCGGUCUUCCUCAACGCACCAGUGGUCGCCGAUGCCGUCACCAACACUCUCAAGUGCAGUGAAGACCUGCCCACUUCUUCCCCGUCGGUCUUCCUCAACGCACCAGUGGUCGCCGAUGCCGUCACCAACGCUCUCAAGGUGCCAAUCAGCAAGGUGCCAAUCAGCAAGGUCGACCCGAUGCUCACGCGCUGCCCCGAGCUGCUGUCUCUCACUCCGACCAACAGCAUCGCGCCAGCUGGCGUGUUCCUACAGGCCGUGGGGCUGACGCGCGGGGAGAUGGUGCGCGUGCUCUCUGCCAGCCCGUCGCUGCUGUGCCGGCCCAGGCACCAACUGGGGGAGGUGGGUCUGAUAGAAGAGAUGGGGGAGUCAUUGGAUUGGCUACAAGAGAACCUCGCCAUCCCGUCCCACGAGCUAGCCCACCUUGUGUUUCGCUGCCCCGGCCUGCUGUGCCUGUCGCCCGCGGUGCUGCACGGCAAGGCUGCCUUCCUCACGGGGGAGGUGGGCGUGGUGGCAGCAGAGGAGGUAGCGCGCGUGGUGUGCCGCUUGCCUGAAGUUCUCACCAUGAGUGUCAAUUCUAUGCGGAACAGGAUCUCCUUCCUCUACUCCCGAGGCUUCUCCCGUGCUGACGUGGCAGCCAUGGUGGUUCGGUACCCACCGCUCCUGGGCUACAGUGUUGCUGCGGUGCUUCGGCCGAAGCUGGACUUCUGGCUCGAGGAGGAGGAAAAGGGGGCCUCUGCUGUUACUGCAGGUGCACCAGCAAGUGAUGGUGGUGCUAGUGGUGGUGGCGGGGUCGGUGGUGUGAGCGGUGGUGCUGCAGCUGCUGCUGUGGGUGCAGCGUCAGGUACUGGCCUUGGUGGUGGUGAUGGUGAUGGUGGUGGUGGUGGCGAUGGUGAUGGUGGUGGUGGUGGCAGUGGUGGUCCUAGUGGUACUGCUGCUGCUGCCUUGCCGGCUCCAACUAGUGGUGAUCAAGCUGCAAGGCGUGUUCAAGGAACUGGCGCCACCCGUCCAGAUUCGCGUAAAAGGUUUCCUGCAGAAGCAGGUGUUUUGGAAAGAGAAGCCCCCUCUGGCGGAGCUUCCCUUGCCUCUGUGGCUGCCAGGUCAGCAGAACCCACUGCCAGGUCACCUGCCACUGGUGCCAGGUCAGCAGCCACCUGGGGAUCAAGGAGAGAUGCCAUGGACCCACCAGUAUUACCAGGAGAGGAGAAGAUCUCUCAGGAAGGGCGAAACUUUUCGGCUAGAAGAGCUGAUUAUUCACCUGAUGCCAGCCGUGGUUCACCGGAAGGCCCAGUCCCCGCCAAGAUCCGCCCGCGAAAUGCGGCGCAGUAUGCGGCGAAGGCCUCGCGCCGUCUCCAAACAGGAUCAACAAGCACCGCCGUCGCCGCACCCGCCGCCUUCGGAGACGGCGCUUUUGGCGCUGUACCCUGCUGGGCAUCCGAACUCGGAGACUCCGCGCGAUCUCCGGCGCGACCCCCGGCGUGGAUGACGGCCGGUCGAGGAUCCGCGAGCAGCAGCGGCAGCAGCGACGAGGAGAGGGAGGAGUCAGCUUACGGCGGAGGGUUGGGCGGAAACUUCUAUCCGUCUCCUAACGCGCGCGCGGAAACGGGUAGCGCGGGGAAGGACAGGCGGAAGAGCGCGGGGAGCGGCGGAAAGAAGCCGCGGAAAGCGUCGUUCCACAUCAGCCUUAGCAGCAGCGACUCUAGCGGCUCGGACGGGGAGGGGGAGGUUGGGAAUGGGGAACGGGUCGGCGGAGAUGGGGGAAAGCGGAGGGGAAGUUUAGGCGGGAGGGGGAGUGCGCUGGACGCGGAGAGGCCAGUGGCGCGGCCUGUGAGGCGGGCGGAGGCGGAACUGGGGGAGGUGGAGCGGAAAGUAGCUGCUGAGGUGGAGGAGGCUGAACUGGGGGAGGCGGAACUGGGGGAGGCGGAACUGGGGGAGGCGGAACUGGGGGAGGCGGAACGGGGGGAGGUGGAACCGGGGGAGGUGGUACUGGGAGAGGUGGAACUGGGGGAGGUGGAACUGGGGGAGGUGGAACUGGGGGAGGUGGAACUGGGGGAGGUGGAACUGGGGGAGGUGGAACUGGGGGAGGUGGAACCGGGGGAGGUGGAAGGGAAGGUCGCUGCUGAGGUGGAGGAGGAGGUGAGGCAGCGGCGGGUGCGGCUGGAGGGGAGGCUGAUGGAGGAGCGGGAGAAGGGGCGGGCAGCCGUAGCUGCGGUGGAGGCACAGCGAGAGGCGGUGCAGGCCACACUGGCUCGGCUAGAUAGGGAGCACUGGCAGGCCGUAGAAGAGAUGAGGGAUUCUCACAUCCGUCGGCUGUCUCAGGAGCACGAGCAGAAAUCGGAGGCGAAAGCAGCAGCAGUUGCAGAAGCAAAAAAGAGGCAAGCGCAGAGGAGUUCCAAAGUGCGAGUGGCAGAAGGGGCGGCGAAGGAGGCGGAGGCCAGGCUGGCACGGCUGAAGGCGAUGCGCGAUGAGAUCGCUCCCAUCAUGGCUGAUAAUGCACGGAAGAAGGACCGCAAGACUGUGGAGCGGCGAAUCAUUCUGCUGGUUCAGCAGAUUUCAGCCAUGCAUGACCAAAUCGCCAAAAAGUCUGCCGAUCUCACGGCUCUCUUGCGGGACCCAUCCCUUCCCCAGACGUUCGUCGCAAUUACCUUCGCCUCCAAGAUUCUAUCGCAGUGCGAGUCCCAAGUUACCAAGUUACCGCCGUUCGCAUUCGCUCUCGCGCAAGUCAUAGUGAACGUGUCCUCUCAGGCGCCCAUAGCCAUGGAGGCCUUGAUGGCAAGCCUGAAUGAGACCUGCAUCUACACCGUUCCACAGCACUAUGUCUUUUCCGAGGCCUCCUACGCUUCUGAUGAUGCCUAUUAUCAUGAUUUGGGAUACCGGGAGGAAGAGGGAGAGGGCGGAAAGAAGAAGAUGGAGUCGACCGAUGCGUUUAUAGAGAGGAUGACAGGAUACAUCACACUCAUGGCUGCUAUAUGCCAGACCCUCCCACCACCUGGCACCGCAGUGCACCCCUUUGGCUUGUCCCAUGCGUGGCAGUGGUGUGCUCGGCUACUGAACCACCUUCCGGCCAAUCGAGCGUCGGCCACCGCUCUGGAAGUGUUUCUCAAGAUUGCUGGUUACCGCAUGCACCUUACGUACCGCUCGCAGUUCCUGAAGCUGCUAAAUGUGGUGGGAAACGAGUAUAGGGGCAAGCUGCAGGCGCUGAACGAUGCUGACGUGGCGCCGGUGGUUAACCGAAUCGAGACAUACGUUGGUGUGCAGAGGUAUCUGAGGCCGCCUGAGGGGCUGGAGAUGCCGCUGCAUGAUAAGUCGUCGCAACUCAGAGCAUAG